AAUAGCCGGUCACCACCCACAGCAGUGUUAGAAUUCAGACCUGCAAAUGAGAUAAUAAUUGCACUACCAGUUUUGACCCCUUUGUCUCUCUCUCUCUCUCUAAAUUCUCUUUCUCUCUCUAAACUUCAUCUCUCUCUCUCAAAACUUUCAAAAGAUAGAUUAUAUUCCGAUUACAAAUUGCAUAAACAGAUUCACCACUCGUGUUUGCGUGCGAUUUAGCGACAAAAGAAUCGUUGUUCAUCUGAUUGUCAACAGGAUAACGUUUUCGCGUGAAGUUAAUCCGCUUGUUCUUCACUUUUAACUGUGAUUCAAGCUGAUUUACACGUUUUAGAGGUGAAGAAUUAGGGUUUUGUUGACGAAAACCGCUAGUAGAUGAUCUAAAACACCUUCGUUGAUUGAAAUGAUGACGUCAUCUGAGGUUUCGAGCAAAGUUAACAGAGAAACGUUUAAUUCAUCGUGUUUUAGUGAUAGGAAUGAUGCAGUUGCUGAUUCCGGUCACCGUAAAGUUGAUGAAGAUAUUGCGAUUUAUAAGGAGCUAUGGCGAGCUUGUGCUGGUCCGCUCGUUAACGUGCCUCGUGAAAAUGACCUAGUGUAUUACUUUCCUCAAGGACACAUCGAACAGGUUGAGGCGUCCACGAAUCAGGUGGCGGAUCAACAGAUGCCGGUUUAUAACCUUCCGGCGAAGAUACUUUGUAAAGUUGUUACGGUCCAGUUGAAGGCGGAACCAGAUACGGAUGAGGUUUUUGCUCAAAUUACUCUGAUACCUGUAUCUGAUCAAGAUGUAACUGCUGUUAAGGACUCUGCACCACCGCCAGAACCACAGUUUCGGGUGCAUUCUUUUUGCAAGACGUUGACUGCUUCAGAUACUAGCACACAUGGUGGAUUUUCGGUUUUGAGAAGACAUGCUGAUGAGUGCCUUCCUCCAUUGGACAUGUCUAAGCAACCCCCGACACAGGAACUGGUGGCUAAGGAUUUACACGGAAGUGAAUGGCGUUUUAGGCACAUAUUCAGGGGUCAACCGCGAAGGCAUCUGCUUCAAAGUGGUUGGAGUGUUUUUGUUAGUUCAAAAAGACUUGUUGCUGGUGAUGCUUUUAUCUUUCUAAGAGGCGAGAAUGGUGAACUUCGAGUUGGGGUAAGACGUGCAAUGAGACAACAAACGAACAUUCCUUCAUCUGUCAUAUCCAGCCAUAGUAUGCACCUUGGAGUACUUGCAACAGCUUGGCACGCCGUUCAAACCGGAACUUUCUUUACAGUAUAUUACAAACCCAGGACUAGUCCUGCAGAGUUCAUCGUCCCAUAUGAUCAGUACAUGGAAUCUGUCAAGAAUAAUUAUUCCAUCGGUAUGCGAUUUAACAUGAGGUUUGAGGGUGAAGAGGCUCCGGAGCAAAGAUUUACUGGAACUAUUGUUGGGAUUGAAGAGCGUGAUCCUAAAAUGUGGCCUGAAUCUAAAUGGAGAUGUCUGAAGGUUCGUUGGGACGAAACUUCUUCGAUUCCCCGUCCAGAGAGGGUUUCACCGUGGAAAAUAGAACCUGCUCUCAUGCCUCCUACAAUCAAUACACUUCCAGUGCAUAGACAAAAAAGACCCCGCUCAAACAUUUUGCCUUCGUCUCCUGAUUCCUCUGUUCUCACUAGAGAAGGACCAUCAAAAAUGGCUGCAGCAGACCCUUCAUCAAAAAGUUCAUUCUCAAGGGUCUUGCAAGGUCAAGAAUUAUCGACCUUGAGAGGCACUUUCAUGGAUUGUAAUGAGUCAGAUUCAUGUGACAGGCCCGUUCAAUGGACACCUUCUGUAAUAACCGAUGAAAAAGCUAACUCACUUUCUGUUUCUCAACAUUAUGGGUCGGGUUACGGGUUGGAUAAACUCUCGCCCGUUUCUAGGACUGUUGGAUCCUCCUUCACAGAUCUAUUAUCGGGUUUUGGAACAACCAAUGAUUCCGCAAAUGAAUUCUCUACACCAACCAACGGUCACACAAAUCCAUGGUCCAUUUCAGUUUCACCCUCCAAUCUCUCCCUCAGCUUAUUGGGCAGUGGUACAAAAACGGGUCUUCAAUCGGGUGAAAUCUCAUACCAGACGACAAGAGAUGUCAGGUACAGUGCUUAUGACGAUUACGUCCUUCAUCCUAAUCAGCAACAUGAGAAGUGGUUGAUGCCGCCACCACUUCCUUCAUAUCUCCAUACGCCUUCUCACUCCAGUGACUUGUUGACCAAGUCGGUUAAACAAACUGAGCCCGUGAAACCCCAAGAUGGAAACUGCAAAAUAUUUGGUGUACCUCUUGCUGGUAACAGAAAUACAUCUGAUGCAAAUCAAGGUUUGCAAUCACAACAAUACCUUACAUUUGAUUCUGAUUCAAGGCCUGAACAGUCAAAGCAUUUGAAAGUAGUCAAUAAUUUGGCAACAAUCAAAGAGCAAGAGAAAGAUUACCAAAGUUUCCCAGCGGUUGUGACUGUGAGGGAUGGUCACGUGAAAGCUCAUAGUAGUUCUACAAGAAGUUGUACAAAGGUUCAUAAGCAAGGGAUUGCUCUUGGUAGGUCUGUGGAUCUCACAAAGUUCAAUAACUAUGUUGAAUUGAUCUCUGAACUGGACGGGUUAUUUGAGUUCGGUGGUGAACUGAAGAGCCAAAACAAAAACUGGCUUGUUGUGUAUACAGAUGAUGAGGGUGACAUGAUGCUUGUUGGAGAUGAUCCCUGGCAGGAAUUUUGUGGCAUGGUCCGGAAGAUCUUUAUUUACACCAAAGAAGAGGUUCAGAGGAUGAAUCCUGGGACUCUAAACUCAAGAGAUGAUGACACUUCAUCUGUAGCCGGAGACGCUUAUGAAAAAGACCAGGAAAAAUAGGAAUAAUUAGGUUGAUGCUAUAGGGAGACAAUUGAGAACUGAAAUAAGUAUUCGAUUGGACCAGCUUCUAAAUUCUCCGGUAAUAUAAUAUUUUUAGUUUUUUUAUAUAUAACAUAAACAUAAUACAACGAUUGUCGAGGGUAUGUGGAUGCUCGGAAGUCAAUCGUUUUAUUCUGUAUAGAGGCUACGCUCUCCAGUUUUUGCAUGCAUGUAUGCUAGAAGUUAUAUGUGAGUUUCAAGAGUUAAUUGACUCAUAGUAUGAACGUCUCAUAUUGUUGCUAGUUUAAUUUGAUCAUCUGUAUAUAGUUUAUUUGGUUAGAAAACUCGGUAUAAGUUAAUAAAAUUGUCUUAAGACUUGUUAUAACUAAUGGACAUUGGCUGUUGGCU